AUGACUAUGAAACGGUUUCCUAUUCCUACAAAGAUUCCCAGCACAUACAUAAAUGGGCGAGUAUUGAGGGACCAUUUUAAAAGACAGCAGGCUGCUGCAAAUGAAGUUACCGUGCAAGCAUUAAAGUUUAUUGCUAGGAACACUCUACUGCCAAAAAGAACAAGAGUGGAGGCCCAACUACAAUUGACAUCCAUGCCUUAUUAUACUUAUAUGAACCAAGUUAGCAACAGAUGCGUGGAUUCUGGAAGAGGCAAAGGUGUUUUCAGGGAUUUUAGACUUUGUAGAACUCAGUUCAGAGAGCAGGCAUUAGCGGGCGAACUUCCGGGGGUGAUGAAAGGUGUGUGGUGA